AACGUUCUCGUAGAUAGUACGGGCACGACUUCGUUGUAAGCCAUCGGGUUUUUGCUUUACCGAAUUUUUAGUUUUAUUGUAAUAAAUUUGCGUGUUCAAACGAUGUAAAACACUGGAGCUGCUUCAGAAAGUGAACGUUCAAAAUUAAUUUAUAGCUUAAUCUUAAAAUAAUAAUUAUGUUAAAUCAUCACAGUACUUCGGUCUACAUAAAUACAGUUAGAUUAAAGGGUGAUAAUUGUGAGAAUGUGAAAGUGUGAAAUAUCAAAUACAAACCUCAAACAGACAGGAAAUGAGUCAGACCGCGUAAAAUUGGCCGAGAAUCGCACGCAUUAAGCCAUAGCAGACGCGACUCACGAGCGCUCAGACUUGAGACCAGAAGUGACAGCCGGCAUCAACAUUCAUCUCCGGGUGUACAAGGAAGCGCUGGCGGCUGGAAUGGAGCCGCUAAGCGAGAACGGGCUCUGCCUGUCCGAACUGGACUUGCACGGAGGCGGUCACCUACACGAGUCCGUGGCCGCUUCCGUCGGCUCGGCCAUAUCAAGUCUGAUGGCUCCCCUGCACCACGAGCCUCAGCACACGCCCCUCCACCACGCGCCGCCACUGCACCACGAGCCUCUGGAGAAAUUAAAACUAUGGGCAGAGACGGGCGAAUUUCGAGACAGCGGUCACUCUUCUCUCACAUCAGGUGGCUCUGGCGUGGAACAAUCCUCGUUGUAUGCACCGGCAAGACCCCGACGCGAUAGAAAAAUGACAGACGACAGUAAUCGCCCACUGACAUCAGAGCCCACGAUUAAAACGGAAUCCACGACACCAGGAGUGGGACCUGAAGAACCGAAUUUAGACGACAAAGGCGAUAAGAAAAACAAGAGGCAGCGUCGGCAGCGGACUCACUUCACCAGCCAACAGCUUCAAGAACUAGAGGCGACUUUUGCAAGGAAUCGUUAUCCAGAUAUGUCCACGCGCGAAGAGAUCGCCAUGUGGACUAACUUAACAGAGGCUAGAGUUAGGGUAUGGUUUAAAAACCGGAGAGCCAAGUGGCGAAAACGAGAAAGGAAUGCAAUGAAUGCGGCAGCCGCGGCUGCUGCCGAUUUCAAAAACGGCUUCAGCACUCAAUUUAACGGCUUAAUGCAGCCGUUCCCGGACACCGAUGCGCUUUACUCGUCGUAUCCCUAUAAUAACUGGGCUGCGAAAGUACCUAGUCCACUAGGAACGAAAAGUUUUCCGUGGCCUGUCAAUCCCCUCGGAUCAGUGGUACCGGCAAGUCAUCAUCAGGGUUCGGUAAACUGUUUCAACACGGCGACUUCAAUGGGAGGAGUCGGAGGCGGCGGGAUGGGAGGCGUCGGGGGAUCAGCCGGUGUAGGAGGUGGUGUUGCUCCGUGCCCUUACACUGCACCUCCCAAUCCUUACAGCAUGUACAGGACAGAGCCGUGUCCGGCAAUGUCGUCAUCGAUAGCGUCGCUAAGGUUGAAGGCGAAGCAGCACUCAUCAGGGUUCGGCGGGAGCUACGGGUCAGUGUCGCCGGUGUCGAGGGCCGGGUCCGCGCCGCUGUCAGCGUGCCAGUACGCGGGCGGAGUGGGAGUGUCGGACCGCGUGCUCUGAGAGGAAGCGCGCGGCCGCGAGGAGACUCGCUCGCCGCCACCCUUGCUGGCGACCGCGCGAGCCUCCUAGUCGCCGCCCGACCUCACUUACACUACUCCGUCUUACAGACAUUUGUGGGAAUGGUUUGACUAAGCAUACGCUUGUCUACACGAUCGUGUACACGGACACUAGUUCAAUCAUAAAAUAGUGACAGUUUACGGUACUAAAAGAUUAGUGUCAGCUCGUCAAUACGACCUGUGAGAGCUAUAUUUAAAAAAGUGUAAGUCGUGGGGUAAAUUAUGUGAAUAAUUCGCAUAUAGCAUAAUAUUUGUUAAGAAAUGUCUGGCAAUAAAAACUGAACGAUUCGUUUCUAAGUGAAAUGUAAAUAUGUAGGUAUGUAUGUACGUAUACCAAAGCGAAGUGUGCAAUUUUUACAAGCUUAACAUGUACUUAGACUAUUUAGAUUAAGUUUAGUUAUUUAGUUCAAUAUUUACUGUUACAAAAAUACGUAUCUAAUUAUAAAUAACUUAUUUGUGGUAUCAAUAACAAAUGAUUUGUCGUUUUGUAAAUAUGUUUUUAUCUAAAUUUUUUGUUGUACUUUUCUAAACACAAUCAGAUAUGAACUGCCGUAAAUUUGUUUAAAACUGUUUUGCUCCAAACAAUGAACAUACACACUGAGGUUUUAAAGUUAAUAAUAAGGAGAACUUUCCGCAUUCGCAGGAUUUACACAAAAUAUAUUAACUAUCGCUGUAGUCGUUCACUGAAACUUGUAGAAUUUUGAAUUGGUUUUUUAUACAACAAGAAUGAAACUCAUAUUAUUUUUUAUAUCACAUCCAAUUAAAAUGUUAAAUAAAAUGUAUUAUUUUGUGAGUUUCUGAAUCAAUACGAAAUCAAUUUGAACGAACCAUACAUCUGUAUAACAGUUACACAAAAGUCAAUAUUUAUCAAGCUAUUCAAAAGUUAUACUUGUAUUAGGACAAUAUGAUUGAUUUCAAAUAUUACAUGUUAAUCACUUAUGAUCUGCCUGCAUGAACUAUGUCCAAUUGUAAUAUGAUAUUGACCAUCUCGAUGCAAUGUGUGGCUGGAAUAGCCCUUAGGAUAUCAGCGAAUAAGUUGGGAAAAAAUAUAAAGCAUUUUAUAGAAAAAGUCUGAGUCUUAUGAUGGAUAUUUAUUUGAAAACCGAAAUAAAUUCAACGAAUGGCUGUAUUACUGUAAAUUAUUUUGUCGCCUUUUUUUUUUUAAAUAAAUGUUAUUUAUGGUAAAUAUGUAAAUAAAAAUGAAUGGAAGUCUUAAAACCUGAUGACCUCGGCUUUAGAGAGACCGCCUAAACGAGAUUAAUGCAACCAGGAUCUCAGUUAUUUAUUAAAAAAUGUUCACAUUUACUUAACAAUGAACAUACAGAGAACUAACUGUAAAUAAAUGUAAUUUAAUUGUAGCUAUAACAUUCGCUAUAGUAUUCGAGACUUUUAGAUAAUUUAGACUACCCACAUCCGUGUGCCUAAUUAUCAAUGAAGGAAUCACAGAAAUGUUAAUGUAAAUAAUAUUAAAAUAUCAUUUUGAACGUGAAUUAGUUCCGAGGUUUUGAUUUUAAACAUAUCAGGGAGGUAUCCGUAAAUAAAUUAUUAUGUAGAAAUUUUUUGGUGAAUUAAUUAAAAAAAUAAGCGAAUCCGAUCGUUCUGUAACUUAAAAAACCUCUAGUCAUAAUAAAAUAUCAAUGAGUA